AUGCCCAGCCUCCCAGAAACCCCAUUCCAGCUCAAAGGUGGCUGCUUCUGCAGCGCAAUCCGCUACACAAUCUCUGUCCCCACCCUUCAAUCCCGACCCAAAAUCCCAAGCGAUCCUAAGAGAGAAAUCUACCCACCCAAUGCAGUGACUGAACGUUUGCCUAUGAUUACCCUAGAUCACUAUCCUGCCGUCGCAUCGCUGGAUCCAUCAUCGAGUCCUGAAUACCUCAUGCCGAGCAAGGAACUUCAAGAGAAGACCUACCUAACGCAUUUCCUCAGUUCGGAAGAUGUGAAUCGGACGUUCUGUGGGAGGUGUGGUACGCAUCUGACGUAUUAUUGUUCGGAGCCUGUCGAAGUGGGAUCGGUUCGCGAGGCUUGGGGGCCGAUCUUUGAUGUGGCGAAUGGGACGAUUGAUAGGGAGGGGUUGGAGAUGGAGGGGUUUAGGCCGAGUCGGAGGGGGUGGCUGGAUGAUGGGAUUGAGUGGGUGAAGAAGUUGUUGGGGGAGGGGGAGGGGAGUUUGAAGGAUUGA